UUGAGAUUUUGCCUAAUAAUUCAUUGUUUAAAAAUGGCUACAAUGAUUGCUAAGGGGAAGUAGUCUAUUACCCUCCUCAAUCUCAAUUCAAGAAAGGGGAAGUAGAAACAAUAGGAAAUUUCGAGCCGACCUAAAUUUGAUCUCAUCGCUGUCUCAAUCCACAAAUUGUUCCCAAUGGAAGAAGACCAGUCAAACUAGUGUGAUUUGUCUAAAAGCCAUGACCUCAUGUCCCUGGUAGAAGAGGUAGAACAAGAGCAAUUCCAAGAAGCAGAAUGGAGCAAUAUAUUUCAAUCACAACUCUUAAGAGAUUGCGCUUGGUACUUUAGACAUGAUACUUCAGUCUGCGAUCACAAUGAUUAUAUCUCAUGGAGACAGUGAGGAGAUUGCUACAAAUGCUGUGUUGCACACCAGAUCUUGUGAUGGUAGUAAAGACACUGUUUCUAAUGUUAUGGACAAUGCAUUGCCAUUUUUGAGAAGUGCACAAGAGGUGGAUUCUUCUAUAAGAGAGAUUUCUUUAGAGAAGUUGAAGGAGAUGGAGAGAAGCAUUUUACAAGAGAUGGUUCACAUUGUUAGAGAUUAUACGCCUUCCUUUAGUAGAGGAGAUGCAAUGUGGAAGUUGCUGAUCUGUGAUAUGAAUGUUUCUCUUGCUUGUGCUAUGGGGAGUGAUGAUAAAACAAAAUUAGCCCAUGAGUCUAAUUCUUUAUCUCAGCAUUAUAAAAGCGACAAUACUAAUGCUAAUUCGAUCCAAAAGGAUGAGAUGGAUGAGGUACUACAUAAGUUAAAUUCUCGCGAAAGGGAAUUGCAAGCUCGGUUGCAGGAUUGGUCGGAGUGGGCCCAAAAACAUGUGAUGCAGGUUGCUGGCUGGUUGGCAAAGGACAAAACUGAGCUACAAAGACUCAGACGAGAGGAAGAGGAAGUUGCCGGUCUUAUGAAAGAUAAGCAGUCUUUUGAGGAGAAAACAAAAGAGAUGUUGCAGAGUCAAAGAUUGAAUCAUCUAAGAAUAUUGUUCAAUUUGGAAAAGGCAUUUUCCGAUGCUAGGAAACUGGAACGAGAGAAUUCCAAGCUGAAGAAAAAGGAGGAGGCUGCAAAGUUGCAGGAUGCUGAAUCAGCAGCAAGAUUGCGAGGAGCUUUGGAAAGGGAAAGGGAGUCGAAUAACGAAAAAAAUUAAGUGUCAGAGAAGAAGCAGGAGGCACAGCUUCAGGAGGAGCUUGCAGAAUGCUGAAGAAAAAUACAUUACCAAUCUGUUUUGAAGCCCUUGCCGUUCUCAGGAUAUUAUUUGAAUAAAUCAUAAAUGUAAUUCUAUUAUCUAUAAAUCCUCAAAUGUUUAUUUUGGGUUUUCAAUAUUUAUCUUUUACAAUUGAAAUGAUACUUUUGGUUGAGA